UUGUUAGAUAGAGCCAAUCUAUUUUUGAAAAAUGUACAGCUUCCUUGCUUUGUCUCAUGAAGAUUUCCCUUAUUCAGGGAAGUGUCCAGUUCUUCUAGGAAAAAAUUAGAAUUCUGUCUGGUAAGUUCAUGUUGUGUAAGCACUGAAAACCACAGCUAGUUUGUAUUGGAAACAAUGAAACAGGAAGAAAGAAUUCACUCUAAACCCCAACCAGUUCUAGCUCCUUCUGAUGAUCAUCUACUGAAGAGAAACACAAAACUCAGGAGCUUCUAAACAAGGGGAGAGUUCCAUUAUGACAGGCUACUCAGAAUUUUAUUUCAAUGUGGAUCAUGGUUAUCUAGAAGGACUGGUCCGAGGCUUUAAAGCUGGAAUCUUGAAAGCUUCCGAUUAUGUUAACUUAGCCCAGUGCGAAACUCUGGAAGAUCUGAAGUUACACUUACAAACCACCGAUUAUGGAAACUUCUUGGCCAAUGAAACCGGCCCUCUCACCGUCUCUACAAUUGAUGAUAAACUAAAAUUCAAACUGCUGACAGAAUUUCAGUAUUUUAGAAAUCACGCCUUUGAGCCACUUUCAACUUUUCUAAAUUAUGUUACGUAUAGCUAUAUGAUUGAUAAUGUGAUUCUCCUCGUUACUGGUACAUUGCGCCAAAGACCCAUAGAUGAAUUGGUUCUUAAGUGCCAUCCUUUGGGCAACUUUGAGCAAAUGGAAGCUGUCAGCAUUGCUCCAAACCCUGCAGAUCUCUUCAAUGCAAUCUUGGUGGACACACCAUUAGCUGAUUUUUUUCAAGAUUGUGUAUCUGAAAAUGACCUGGAUGAAAUGAAUAUUGAACUCAUGCGCAACAAACUGUACAAGUCCUAUCUUGAGGCCUUUUAUGCAUUCUGCAAAAAAGAAGGUGGCACUACAGCAGAUAUAAUGUGUCCUAUUUUAGAGUUUGAAGCUGACCGGCGGGCAUUUAUUAUCACAAUUAAUUCAUUUGGAACAGAACUAAGCAGAGAGGACAGACAGAAGCUGUAUCCAACUUGUGGCAAACUGUAUCCAGAAGGCUUAGAUAUGCUCGCCAAGACUGAGGAUUAUGAGCAAGUGAAGGGUGUGGCAGACUACUAUGCUGAAUACAAGGCUUGCUUUGAAAUGGUUGGAGGUGGCACAGGUGACAAAACCUUAGAAGAUGCUUUUUUUGAGCUUGAGGUAAAAAUGAAUGUGCUGGCAUUCAACAAUCAAUUUCAUUUUGGAGUCUUUUAUUCCUAUGUUAAACUGAAGGAACAAGAAAACAGAAAUAUUGUAUGGAUUGCUGAAUGCAUUUCUCAAAGGCACAGAACAAAGAUUAACAACUACAUCCCUAUAUUCUAAAUUGAUUGUUAGUGGUGCCUUUUGUCAUUGUUUAAUGGUUCUUUACUAAAUUAUUCCUCAAAAAAUAACUAGUCUGUUUACAUAUUUGGCCAUUAGGAAAAAAUUGUCUUAGAAAGUAGCAUUUGGUUGUUCCUGCGUUAGAUCUGCUCAGAUGAAACAACUCAUGGCAUGAUUUGAGCAAUUUUCAGUUAUUAUAUUACAACAAAAGUAAAGUGAAUACAAAAGCUUGUGAUUAGGAUGUUUCAAAUAUCCUACUUCAUAAAAAGCAAUCAUCCAUUUAAAGGGUUGUCAAUAUGUUUUUCCAUAUAAAGGCAUGCUCCACUUGAAGAGAUUUUCAAGACACGUAUGACUUAAUGAUAAAUAAAAAUCAGUUGAGAUUGUACUUUAAACUGGAGAGGCUUGUGAACAAUUAGCAGCUGGGGCAAAGGUUUAUGCAGGUGUGGUCAAGAAAUUGAAAAUGGUGGCUGAGUGGUGCAACUGAAGCUCUGGGUGUUUUAAUGUGUGUCCUAUAUGUGAUGCACAUAAUAAACAGGUAUACUAUCAAUCACAUCAUUAUGGCUGCUAUAUUGACUUUUCUGAUUUCACUCCAUGAACACUUCUCAGUUGGAGAGUAAGCAAAGGCACACAAGUCACCUUAUCAUAGCCUUCUGUAUUAUGUCAAGAUGGAUGUAAUUUCUAUUAUAUCACAGACAUUAUUUUAAGAUCUGGCUUUAUUUUAUGCAACAUUGUACCAAAUUUGAUCCUUUUUGGGGUUCAUGAUCAGGAGUUAUCAGGAGUUGUGUAACACUAUUGAAAACUUGCUAUCUCCUUAAUGAGCAGCACAAACAUUUAUCCACUUAGUGCAAAACUGCAAUAUGUGAUAAUUUUAAACAGCCAAACUGAUUUCUAUCUAAUGCCUAAAUUAGGUUAAAUGGGCCUUUUUCUGGAAUGCAUCAUAAUUUAGUCAUUAGAUAGAAAUCAGUUUGGCUGUUUAAAAUUAUCACAUAUUGCAGUGAUAAGGUGACUUAUGUGCCUUCUUUGCAUUUUUAUUCAUUACUAGCUGUUACCCAGCCACGUGUUGCUGUGGCUCAGUCUGGUUAAAUGGAAAAGAAAGAAAAGAGAAAGCACACGUUUGUAAUAUGUUUAAUUUCAAAAUGCUUGUGGGUAUACAAUAUUUUUUGUUGUUCCAUUGUCUGUGCAG